GAUCCAAGAAUUUAAUGAGAUCAAACUGAUUCUAAUAAUGUGUGCGUUAAAAUAUUCAUGAAUAUCAGAAUGCAUCUGCUACUGAAUAAGUACUUUAAUAGUGGUAAUGGAACAUUCAGGCAGGAAUGACCGGACCUUAUGCCAUCCAGCUUAGGUAGAUAUUGUGUGCCCCUCAUUGUAAAACUUUGAUUUUUUUCUUUCUUCAUUUCCCCCAUUUCGGCUACGUAUAUCCGCUUCCUCCUAAGAUGGCUAGUGACGGCACCUCUGGUGGUUCGAUAGACCCUUCUAUCAUUGAAUACCUCAAGGCGCACGGCGAAGAGGAAAUUGAGGUUGGAGACAAGCUCCACCAUAUCGUCGCAGCUCUAAAUCGCCACAUAUCAACUUGCCAGGGCUUUCUUAGCCGCAUCCACUCGACGCCCAGUUCUAAGUUACCUCCGCUCCUAAAGCAGGUAGAGGAUGAUGGCAUCAAACCAGAGAUCAAGAGCAUUGGAGAGCUAGCCCAGUUCACUUCCGACUACCCCUACUACAAGUAUAACGGCAGAUGGACUCGUAGUGUUCAAAAUGUCGUGGCUACUAUCUUGCUGACUGGUUGGUUGGGUGGUUUGGGGACUGAGGCUCGUCCAAGUGAGCUUGGCCGCCUUUUCACAUUAGAAGAGGUCGGUCAGAUCCUAGAAGUCCCCGUCAAUCUCAAGGACAGAGAUGCGUUCCACGUGACCGUCGAGGAAUACAUCUUGGCCUUGACGGAUAUCACAGAGGAGCUUAGUCGCUUGGCAAUGAAUUCCGUAACCAUGGGUGAUAUUGACCUGACCGUUCGAAUCAGCGGCUUCAUAAAGGAUUUAUUUGCCGGAUUUCAGCUACUCAACCUGAAGAAUGACGUCGUCCGAAGAAGAGUCGAUGCUGUCAAAUAUCACGUCAAGAAGGUCGAGGAUGUUAUCUAUGACCUAUCUCUUCGCAACUUAAUCUCUAGGAAGGAGACCAGCUCUUGAUCUAACAGCAAGAAACUAGUUUCUUGUACGCAUACAUCCAUGGAUAGCUUUGGUCUGCUGAGCAUAUGAUUAUAAUAAUCAUACGGAGGGCUACAUACAUACCCGGGCAUAGGUAAAUAGGUCAGGGAAUAGUUUCAUGGGCUCUUUUAUAAAAACAAAUGGACAGUACAGAAAUUUCUGGUGUAGCACCUAAUAAUGAUUAAAUUUGAAAGUCGUCUUGAUGUACGCAUGUUGCUACCCUCUCACAUCCUCGGGAGGUUGUAAACACAUAAAAUAUGCUUAGGUACUUGGGUAUUUACGUACAAUGUACAAAGAUCAGAAUAAAAAAUUAUAUACAUCAAUGCCAGGUGACAUUUAUUACAUCUGAAAUGUCAACGCCCC